AUGCAAAAUGACCUGUCCGUUACUACUAUAACAACAUUAUAUUUAGACCAAGCUCCGGUACCUGGACCUGAUGGAACGAUGCUCAAAGUUAAAGCAUGUGCAAGUUGCGUGAAAAUUCAUCCCAAUAAACCACAAAUUUAUCUAGUAGGAACCGAAGAAGGACUAAUUUUCAAGUGUAGCGUGGCGUAUAGUUCGAUGUAUCUCUUGACAUACAAGGCACACCAGCUACCAGUUUACAGGAUAGACUUUAAUAGAUAUAAUACGGAUAUCUUUAUAUCUUGUAGUUCGGAUUGGAGAGUAAAAGUAUGGGAAGACAAUAGACUAGAACCUUUAUUUGUCUUCGACGUUGGUGAUAGAGUAGGCGAUGUUAAAUGGGCACCUUAUUCUUCUACAGUUUUUGCAUGUGUCACAUCAGAAGGAAAGGUUUGCGUCUACGAUUUAAAUGUCAACAAAUAUAAGCCGAUAUGUGUACAAGCAAUCGUUUCAAAGAAGAAAAACAAAAUUACGCGACUUUCCUUUAACUACAAAUCUCCAAUAAUCGUGAUAGGGGACGACAAGGGAUGUGUAACAACAGUAAAACUAUCGCCGAAUCUAAGAAUACCGUGUAAAGCACCGAAAAAACAACAGCAUCUGGAUCAAUGGACUUUACAAUGUAUGAAACUAGAUCGAUUGUUGUCGCUAGUAAGAGAACCCGUUACUUUAACCAUACCACCUGAUACGGCUGGAUCAGAAGAACAGUAG